GUCCCAUUGACGAGUUCUCUCACGUGAGUACGACUUCCACUCACACCAAAAACAACACUCUCAUUUCAUUUCCCCCAACUUCCCAUAUACGUUGUCCAAAAUGAAAAGAACUUCUCAUUCUCAUAUAAAACCCCAACUCCCAACUUCACUUACACACAUAAAUUGAAACCAACAAAUCAACUCUCUCUUUAACAUAAUCAUACUCUUAAUUACUCUUUCAUAAAUUAAUAUAAUAACAUGGAGGAUUUGGCUGCUAAUUUAGACGACGGAGAAUCAUGGCUUCCUUCUGAUAUUUUUCCAACCGAAGAAUCUCAUCAUCAACAUAAUCACAACCGUUCAACUGCUGUUACUGUUACUUCUAUAGAAGAUCUCAACCGUCACUUCAACAACUUGAGUUUUCUUCAUCAUCAUCACUCUCUUAUUACCCACAAACCUCCUAUUUCUCAGCGGUUAGAAAUGUAUGGAGCAAUGACACAGUUACAGUAUGCAGUAACCACUCCUACUCCAAAUGGGUGUUAUGGACUGAGUGUGGGUCCCAAAUCCGUUGACCAUGGUCUCUUCAACUAUGAUUCCGGUCCGGUUCACUCUAUUCCAGAUAUUCCGGUUCGACAUUUCUCUAUGCACAAACCGGUAGCUGAGCAAUUGAUGGAGACAAGAAUAGCUAGAAAUAGUAGGCCUGUGCAUAGGCAGCAACAAAACCGGCUUUAUACAUUACAACCAAGUGGGUGUGAAUCCGGGUUCGGGCUUGGAUUCGGGUUGAUGAGAAAUUGCCGCGGCGGUAGCAGUAGUAGUAGCAGUAGCACCUCCUCUGGUACUGGUGUUUUCAUCCCAUGCACCACCUCUCAUUCUGCCAUCCGCUCUGACGGUGAAACCUACAAGCCAUCAGGGGUGGCACCACAUAGAGGAACAACAAGGAGGCUUGGCACAAGGAAGGCAGAAGAAAACUAUUGCUGUAAAUCAGUUGGAUCUUCUGAAGUGGGACUACCAAAAGACUGGACCUACUAAAGACUUGGAGUUGUAGUACUACACUACUACUACUACUUCACUUAACUCAAGUGUUGUAAAGACAGCCGUUUCUGUUGACUUGUUAGUUUGAAACAUAAAUAAUCUAGUACUAGUUAUUACUACCAGUCUACUACAAUAGCUUUUGAAUAAUAAUAAUGCUUCUCCUUGAACUUAUGGAGUAGGUUAGUUUAUAUGUUUGUGUCCUUUGGUCACU